CGCGGCCGGCGGGGAUACGCACGCACGGCACAGUACUCGGCGUUAGCUAAAUAGUUUUUAACGUCGUUACAGUUUUGCUGUUUCUAACGUCGAUAAUACGCUUAAUAAUUAGUAAUUUCAUUUAACUUGAAAACUUUAGUGUAAUCUAGUGUGUGUUAUUACUAUAAAAAUCCUGUGUUCGAAUUCCCUUCACAAUGGCAACAGAAGUAACAAAAACCGCGCCAGAAAACACAGAGAAGGAGAAGGAAUUAAAAGAAGAGGCGGCGGUUGACAAUGGUCAAAGUAAAGAGGAAGUGCCCGCACAAAAAUCCGAAGAGAAAGGAGAUGAGAAAAAGUCAGAACCAGCCCCGCCCAAACCCACUGUUCAUAAAGUUAAUUAUGAAAAAGAUGUUGUAUAUCUGUACCAGUUUUCACGGACGCCGUUGUUGCCAUCGACUUCUCCGUACUGCUUGAAAGUUGAAACAUGGCUUCGUUUGGCUGGCAUAAAGUACGAGAAUGUGCCUCACAUGGCGAAAUACAGAUCCAAAAAAGGGCAGCUGCCUUUUGUUGAGCUCAACGGUGAAGAGAUCGCCGAUAGCGCUUUCAUUAUCAAGGAUCUAUCCGAGAAAUACAACAAGGAUUUAGAUGCGGCUCUGACACCGGAGCAGCGAGUGGUCGCGCACGCUAUGAUCUCGAUGAUCGAGAAUCACCUCUCGUGGGUGAUUCUGUGGUGGCGCGCCAAGUAUCCCGACAGCGUCAUCAAGGGCUACCAGGUCAAUCUGCAGAACGCACUCAACACAAGUCUACCAAAUCCGAUCUUAAACUUCUUCUACAAACUUACGUCUGGACGCAAGGGCAUGAAGAAAGCAAAAGCCCAUGGCAUCGGCGUACAUAGCCAAGAGGAGAUAAUCGAGUUUGGCAAGAAUGAUCUGCGUGUCCUGUCAGAUUACCUGUCGGAUAGGCCUUUCUUCUUCGGCGACGAACCCACUCUUCUCGACGUGGUGGCGUUCUCGAAUCUCGCACAGCUCCAGUUCCUCGACAAGGAAGUGGCUCACCCGCUGCGAGAUGCGAUGAACGAGUCAUUCCCAAACCUGGUCGGUCUCGUGUCGCGCAUCAAAGAACGCGCGUUCCACGACUGGGAGGAAAUCUGCGCCACCCUCGAUCUGAACGCGCACUUGCCCAAGCCGCCCAAGGAAGUGAAGGAGACGAAGGAAGGCACCGGGCCCGCUGAAAAGCAACCGCUGCCGGACGACACAGAAAAGGGCAAGGGCGACGAGAAAGAGAAAGAAUUAGAGAAGGAGCCAGAAGAAAAAAAGGAGAAGGACAACGAAAAGGAGAAGUAAGAAGACACUGAAAUACGACACAAGAAUAUACCGUAAUGAUACUUUCAAGCUGAAUUAUACACUUAAGAGUCAGACUCGUAAUAGAUUCUGUAUAUUGUAAGCGUGUAAAUCCAUUUGUCUUUCCCAUUUCUUUCAGUUGUCGACGCCCGUGCGUCUUACGCUUUAUUAUUGAUGUUUUUUUCUAUUUACCAUUUUAUAUAAAUUUUGGUCGGUGUCGUCCCGUACUCGAUAUUUAUUAUCGAUAUAUAAGGCGCGUCUGUCACGGCCGUUUCUCGUCUGAUGUUAUGCAGUUACUCAUAUUAUUGUAAUAAUUGUGUAAUAAUUAUGUAUGUUUUAUGCUUAAUAUAAAUGUAUUCUAUAAAAUGUCUUGAUUCCACUUAUGUUUCGAAGUUAUGAAUUGAAUUAUAUCAUAAAAAUAAAUUUGGUUGUUAAGGUACUUACAGGAC